AUGGUAGGCAUCAAUGCAAAAAAUAAACAUAUUCUUGAUAUAAAAUACAUUUGUCCUGUUUGUACAUUGAUACUACGAGAUCCUGUACAAUUAAAUGAAUGUGGCCAUCGACAAUGUCAAUCGUGUUUCGAUGCCGAACAUGAAAUAAUAAUUAAAUGUCGACAAUGUCAAUCUGAAACAUCACGAACAGAGAUAACAUAUCUCUUCUUAGUUAAAGAGAAAAUAUAUUUGAUUUAUGUAGAUUCUGCUUGA